GUAAAGUAAAUGUAGAAACUGGGUAGUGGGAGAGAGGUCAUCUUGAUAUUUGCAUCAAGUCCAGGAAGGGUCACUUCAUUGUUCCCCGCGGUCCCCGUGAUCGCACAGGUGGAAGAUCAUCCGCCGCCGGAAACCGGAGUGGACAAGGGUCCCCGAUGAAGUUGGGACCAAUCAGCUGGGGGAGAUAUGGAUCUCUUAUCAAGUCCAGUCGACAUAGCUGAUCUCCAAGUCUCUCAUGACCUAAUCGGGGACGGAGUGUGACUCGUUCUGCAUACCAUAUCUCAAGCAGUUCAACCCCCUACUACUCCUACCUCCUGACACCCUUUUCCCUUGCCUUUUCCUGCUUUCUCGCUUCCUACUUCUCCGGAUUUUCUCUUAUAUUUCCCUUUGUUCCGCAGGACGACUUUCAUCACACUGCAUAGGCGGGCAUAUCGUACAUACCCCCAGGGAUCGCUCCUUCGCCCGUUCACCCGUUCACCUGAUCAUCUCACGGUGUCGUGUCUCUAUACACCUCGAUAACACGUUCCCCCUUCCUAGCGGUACAGACCAUCCUUCCCAGCGUCUGUAGAACUCAGCGAACCCUAGAAUAUGCCUCCUCCUCUACUACAGCAUAUUACUCAAGCACUGCCACCCCAGUGUGAGCCGUCGUCGCCCUUCUUGGUGGCCAUUUCCUCAUAUCUACACACCUGCAUACCGACGCCGCUUGCUCUCAUAUCGUCGAUCUUGGGUACCCUCAGUAUUAUCUCGUGGCUGUUUGCACAACUCCCGCAAAUAUACAAGAAUAUUCAGCUGCAAUCUACGUCGGGUUUAUCCCUCUUUUUCCUUGUUGAGUGGUGCUUGGGAGAUACUAGCAACCUGUUCGGCGCUUUACUUACUCGACAAGCCACUUGGCAAGUCAUCAUUGCGAGCUACUACGUGCUGGUCGAUGCCACGCUUGUCUUUCAGUUUUUCUGGUACACACAUAUCAAAGGGCGCAGUGAAGGCUACCGCAGUCUCUCUCGCUCACAUCAUGAUGAUGGAACUAGCGGUGUGUUAGAGGGGUUGUCCUUUUCCGAAAACGACUCUAUCACCCAGGCCCCGUCAGAGUCUCCAAUCAGUUCUGACGCAAAAGAUAUGAAAGGUCUCAAGGAGCCUAUCUUCGGUUCUUUCAACGGCCAGUCGCCGUCGUAUUCAAACGAGAAAAUGAGCUCAUCCCGUCGACCAAUGGUCAGGAAAAGCAGCGGACCUAGUCUACCUAUUGCCUCUACGCGCACAAUGCUAUUAGCGUCGAUGCUCUGCGCCAUCGUUGCGAAUGCCACACCAACCGAGCCGCCCAACGAACCACGUUCCUCUCUUCUCAACCUCGAGUUACUCGGCCGGAUUUUCUCGUGGAUGUCAACAGUCCUAUAUCUUUUCUCACGCCCACCCCAACUAUACAAGAACUACCAGCGCAAGAGCACAUCGGGUCUAUCCCCACUGCUCUUCAUGGCCGCAUUCGGCGGAAACUUCUUCUACUCCACAUCCCUUUUAACAAACCCAAACGCCUGGUACGACUACCCCCCGUACGGAGGCGGCGGAUGGGCCGAUGCCGACGGCAACAACCGCGUCGAAUGGGUAGGCCGAGCCAUCCCCUUUUUCCUGGGGGCGUUCGGCGUCCUCUUCUUCGACGGUUUCAUGGGCGUGCAGUUCCUAAUGUACGGCACGCGAGACGACGAAUCAAUCAUGGAGAUCGAAGAUCCGAAGCACGGACGUAGUCGCUGGAUGCGAGUCCGCGGCUGGAUGAGAGGCUGGAUCCCCUCCGUAUCCCCCGAACAGGGUGUUCGCCAUCACCGGACCCCUACAGAGAGCCAGGCUCUUUUAGAAGAAGACUGCGAUAGAUACGGCACAGUUUGAUCGGUUAGAAAGACCUCGCGUCGUAUAGUCGUCUCGAACUCCUUCGUUAUCUUUCAUUUUACCCUUCUCGACGCU